CGGAAGUGAAGAAUAACGAGGCAACGCAACAGAAAACUGUAUUUGGAUUAAUAACAUUGAAUUGAUCACAUUAAUACAAUUAUAACCACGAUUUGAACAUUAAAUAACAUUCGAUAUAGUCCUAAAAAAAUCGGGAAGACAGAAUUCAAGGAUUGUAUGAAAUGCACACUUGAAAAUGAAAGUUUUUGAAAGUUUUAACCUUUGUGGACAUGCUGUCACCGUUGUAAUUGUUUUGUCGCUGGCACUAUGUGAGUCUUCAUCCCACAUCAUGCCUACCUCCUCAUCCCCAGCUGGAGAGAGCUCAGUGCUGCAUGGCGAUUCCAUACAGUUUGACUUGGUCCCAGACAUAGUGAUGCAUGGCUCAGUGGUCCAAGUUAGUUACCAGUGCUCCAGGGCCUGUGAGGUGGGAGUGGAGGUGGUGGUCUCCACACAGACCAAGACAGGAGUGGCUGUCUUCAGGAGGAGAUGGACCAACCACAGACGCCUCCAUGUCCCCAGGACUCAUCCAGUGAAGCUUUGGUUCCCUCCAGGCAUGGCCUACAGAAAGGACCUUUUCAUGAGGCGCACAUUGGACGUCCAUAAUGUGAUGGUUCGAGCCUGGUUGGACCACCUUGAGCAAGGCAUAGGAGACAAAGGCCAUGUGAAUAGGACCAGCACAUACAAUGGGUCCCUGGUGAGAACGUUCAAAGUGCUUCAGGCAGUACUUCCCUCUGAGCGUCCAGCUAGACAUUAUCCUGGGUGCCCCUCCUGGAUGGCUGAUCUUAUGUGGCAGCUGACCAGAGACAGAAUCCGCCAGUGCCCACAUGAGUCAGACACUGUGGAUAUGUUGACAUUUCCAAUGGUUAGCACUGGAAAGAGUUUUGGAGUGAUUCGCAAGAUCCACCCUUUCAUCAACAGAGAUCUUGAGAGAGAUCGUGUCCUCACUGUGGAGCAGCCCAGUAUCACAGUGUCUAUAUGGGUCUUUCUGGUGCAGUGGUGUGACAAGAAACUGUGUGGAAUCAUCCAUCAUGUUGAUCAGAACAGCAAAUACGACACUCCUCUGAUACAGCUCACUGACACAGGAGAUAUCAUAAUUCAGGUUCGUGUGGUGUCUGGGGGAGAUCAGGCAUUCAGAGCCCACACAGCUCUGCCUCUCUGGACCUGGAUCAGACUAGACUGCUUCAUACAAGGCUCUAAGGUGACACUGCAAGUUAAACCUGAAAUGACAUCGGGAGGAAUGGUGGGGCACACGCACAUAUUUGACUUUCAGAGUGACAUCCAUUACAAUGACACUGGUGGAUACUUUGUGAUUGGAGGGGGCAGGUUCAUGCCAGGUUUCCAUGGCUAUUUUGGACCAAUCAAAUACUAUCGUUUGGGCACAGAAAAGGUGAUCAACUUCCUUUCCCCUGCCAAGACAUUAGAGGGCCUGGAAAAGACUCACAGAGAGUGUGAUGUUAUCAGAGAAGUCACUGCAGCCUUUCUUCAGGCUGUGACACACAACCAGGAAGUCUUUAUGACAGGUUUGUGUCACUCUCACUACAUCAGUUUAUGGAGAAGGUUUGGACAGAAUACAUGUAGGCAGACAUGGACCUGGGAAGCACAGAAGAAGCACCGUGCACUUUUCACCUUCUUAGAGACCCAGCAAAAGGACUUCCCCACAGGAACUAAGAACAGGAGAACACCCCUUCACCUUGGAAGCAGAUUGUUUGAGCAUGUAGUGAAUAGACUGUCCAAUAGAGGAAGCAACCAGAUGGACUCCACCUCCUCCUCCCUGAUAGCCCUGCUGCAGAUGUCCUCCUGCUAUGGCUACCACCACGCCUCCUUGCUGCUCUCCACCAUCCAUCUGGCUGGCCUGGGGGGCCCUGUGGACCAACAGCAGGGUCAUGUCUACAGUCUGAUUGGUGCACUGGGAGACAACCGUUUAGCCCUCAUGCAUUUGGGCUACAAACACACACAAGGAAUUGACGGGUUCCCCAAAGACUUUGACAUGGCGUACAGUUACUACUCCAAUGUUGGGGCACAGACCAGUAUUGACCAAGGGCGGGUACUGGGGAAUCAGCAAUAUAUCACUGAGCACAUUCUUAUAAGCAACGAGAACCACCUGAACAGCCUAACCCAUGAGACAGGUGACACCUUUCAGUAUAUCAAACUUCAAGCUGACAGAGGAGACGUUGAAUCACAGAAACUUCUAGCAAAGCUUCUAUUCUGGGGUCAAAAUGGUGUCUCUAAGGAUGUUGGGAGUGCAGUUAAGUGGUACGCUAAGAGUGCCAUGGAGCUGGAGGAUCCUGCAGCCAUGUAUGAGUACUCUAUCUUAUUAUUUAAGGGACAGGGGGUGAAGAGGAACAUGACUCUGGGUCUUCAGAUAUUGGAGAAAGCUGCAGCCAAGGGUUCAGUCCAAGCCUUGAAUGGGCUGGGAUGGUAUUACAGCACCAUACUGAGAGACUACAAGACUGCCUACAAGUACUUUGAACAGGCUGCCCACAAUGGCAGUCAUGACGGCAUGUUUAACCUGGGUGUGUAUCACUUAAAUGGGAAGAACCCACACAACCCAGAAAAGAAUGAGACUGCUGCGUUUCAUCUCUUCCUAAACUCCUCCCUCUAUGGUCACGUGGACGGGGCGGUGGAGGCGGCCUGGUACCUGUCCACAGGAAACAUGGAGGGGGUCUCCCGGGACACAGAGAGGGCUGUGAUCAUUCUGAAACAGAUCUGUGAGCAGAAUGGUUACCUGGGAUACAUCGUAAGAGAGGCUCUCCAAGCCUACCUCCAGGGCUCCUGGGGCGAGGCCCUGGUCAGGUAUGCCCUUGCCGCUGAAACAGGUUUGGGAGUGGCCCAGAAUAACGUUGCCUACCUAUGUGAGGAGUUGAAGCAGAGCUAUGAUUGUCAAUGGAGGUAUUAUAACCAUUCCACAAUGAACUAUGCCCCACAUGAUUCUGGUUUGCUGAAGAUGGGCGACUACUACUACUCAAGCAGCAGGCUAGGAGCUGUUGAUCAGGCUAUAUCACUGUACAGCAGAGCAGCCCUGGCAGGCAGUUCUCAGGGAAUAUAUACAUUGGUGGUUUUGGCAGAAGAGGGACAUGAUGUCCCAUUGAUCAUCAGAGAAAGAUUAAACAUAUCAAUUCAUGAUGGGCUGGACAUUGUGGUGGAGAGACUCUUACAAAGAUGUGUAGAGUUGGAUGAAGAUGAGGAUCUGACACCAUGUACUUUAGCUCUACUCAGAGUCCGCAUGGGAAAAUCCUGGAGAAAAAUGACUCAAGACCCUAUACAGCUGUCACUGGUUUAUAUAUCUGUCGUUACUCUCAUCAUUGCUCUGAUUACUGUGCUAAUCCAAAGUGCUCUGGUUUCUUUGCCCCCAGAGUGUGUCCAAGUGCACAUCCCAGCUAGACAACGUAGGCAUACCACUGACUGUGCAGUAGAUGACAGGACAGGGACAUACCCUGUCAAUCAAGCAGAAGUCAAUGGUAAUGGACAGCAGGAUCAGAAUGACCCCAUCAGGAGAGAAGACAGAAUGUCCAGAACUGUUAGAAUGGCCCAGGGUCUAUGGUCCAUUCUACUGAGGGAUGGACAGACAGUUGACCUGGCUGUUACUGUGUCUGGGGUGUUUCUCUGUGUCCUCUGCACAUUGAUCCUCCAUCAUCUGCUCUGAUAGUUGUCUUACACGGCACAGGAAAUUACAACACAGGAAAUGCCUGAGACAGGAGAUAACAUAUAAAGGAAUGUAUAUGCUUUAUGUUGGGAAGCAAGCCUGUAAAUAUUAUAAAACUGAAUUUUCUGAGAUAUCUGACUAAUUUUAACUUGACAGGUGGGAGUGAACAGACUCAUAUGACUGAUACAGAUGUAAAAUCUUAAUAUGAUCACUCUUUUGUUGCUGAGAAUUUUUCUGUACAGCAGGAAAUGCAGAUGAACUAUGUGAUUUGCAUAAAUUCACUGAAAACUCACAUUUACAAACGGUUACAUUAACAGUAUUGCACAUUUCAUGUAGCCUACUUUUGGCCAGCUAAUAGCCUAACCGCCGAGCAACAUUGUGGACUAAAUGUUCAAAACCUGUUGCUGCAGGAUUAUUUUGCUGUGACAAUAUAGGGCAAAUUAAGAUCCUACAUCUGUAGGUGUAUGAGUCUGCUAUCUGGUUGUUUUGUUUCAGCCGCAUGGUGCUGAAUCACACGUUUUUUCUGGGGCUCCUAAACGUCUGUCUGUUUGGGGCCGUUACGUUAGGUUAGUCCAAGGCCGAUCAGAAGGACUAGUUUCUGCUGGUUAACUUAUUACAGUUUUUGUCUGAGCAGUUGUCCAGAAUCUUCUUGAUUUAUUGGUAAGGGUUAUGAAUCAUACGUACAGUUGAAGUCGGAAGUUUACAUACACCUUAGCCAAAUACAUUUAAACUCAGUUUUUCACAAUUCCU